UCUGCAUUGCCAGUCUCACCAGUCGGCCACAAAAAUACCAGGCCCCCUUGUUCCUUCUCUUCAUCGUGCUUGAGCGACUCCACAGUGAACGCAGCCAGAACCUCUGGCCAUUGGGUUCAGCCCAGCGACAUGCCUCUCCCCUCAAACUGGAACAAGAUGUCGUUUUGGGCUGAGCGUUCAGUCAGCAUGGUGGAGGGCAGCACUGGCAGCCUGGGAUGGGCCUCCACAGAGUCCAGCAGCUGCAAGCUGCCCUCUGCCAGCUCCUGCACCUCCCUGCCAGCCUCUGCCAGCGCCUGUACCUCACCGCCAUCCACGCCAACAGCAUCCGCCAGCACAUCCCCCGCUUCAACCCGCUACAAGACAGAGCUGUGCCGCACGUACGCAGAACGCGGCAUGUGCAAGUACGGCAGCAAGUGCCAGUUCGCCCACGGUCUAGAUGAACUGCGUGACCUCAACAGACACCCCAAGUACAAGACGGAGCCGUGUCGCACCUUCCACUCAGUGGGCUUUUGCCCCUACGGCAUCCGCUGCCACUUUGUGCACAACAAUGAGGAUGACCUCGCGCACAACGGGUCGAAGCCAGUACUAUCCUCCUCUUGCUCCAUCUCAGCAGGCCGUGUCCUAUCCCAUCGUCCCCCUCUCCUCAAACAUAGCUUCAGCUUUGCCGGCUUCCCCUCCAACCCGCCACCCUCAAUGGACACUACCCUGCCCCACACCUUCCUGCGCGCUCCCUCUGUCUCGCCGCCGGCCACGACCGACCUCUCCGAACUGCUCUCGCUCGCCUUCCCGAUGUAGACAUGGCCUCUGCCUCGCUGAU